AUUUCUCUCCAUCUCGGCAUUCGCAUUAACACCGUCAGUCCAGCUCCAGCCCGCACCGCAAUAUAUUGUCACCACCAUAACAGUUAACAGAUCAACGGCCAAACCAUAUGCAAAACUUUGAGGUUUGAACAGCUUCCCUUUGGUUAACACCCAUUUUUCUUCAACCUUUAGUGAUUUUGAGGACAAAUUUUUUAGAUUUAGGCAUACACAGAAUACCAUUUUAAGCUUAUGGAUCAUCAUUCAGAUCAACCGCUUCCUCCUGGAGUCCAGACUCUUUCAAUUUCUUCUGAACUCCUUCCUGCAACUAAACCUUCUACUCCAAAUUUUCAGAAUUCCAAUAAUUUUGAAUACCCUGCUCACUCUUCUGAGGGCAGUCUCUUUCCUGUCCUCCCUUCUAAUGGAUUUAGGUUUACUCCAGCAGAAAGCUUCCAACCACAUUCCACAAGUUCAUCUCAAAUUCAUUGUACAAAUACUCAGCAUGUGGUAGAUCAAAUGCCAAAUAGCUUUCAAUCUGUUCAGAAACUCAAAGAAGAUACUUCUGGAGUGUCUACUGAGGUCACAUGUCAUAUAAUGCCUUCUGGCUUGGAAUCUAGUGGUUCUACCCCACAACCAGAAAUCACCAAUGACAUUGAGAAUGCGGCUCGGAGUGCUGUUCUGCACGAACAGGAAAUUGCCACCCAGAAAGUUAUACAAAUUCAGAGAGAAGCAAGAUCAGCAAGUGAGCUUCAUGAGGAUAGUAAAGACCUUUUUUCUGGCCGUCAUGACCCAAAUACUUUAAAGGAGCAUUUACUGAAAAUGACUGCAGAGCAUCGUACUCAGAUGGCAUUGAAGCGUGGAAGGUCUGUGUUGCCUGAGGAAGGUAAUAUAGAAAUUGGAAAUGGGUAUGGUGUUCCGGGUGGCAGUGCUUAUUAUGGUGCUCUGAAGCCAAGUGCCACUAACUCCAGAGAUGCCGUCCCUGGCUAUGCAACAAAUGAAUCCAAUGCAGAGCUUAGUGGGGAUUCUGGACACAAGUCUACUGCUAAAGAGUUGCCUGAAUUUCUCAAAAAGAAGUUGAGAGAUAGGGGUAUUCUGAAGGAUGGUCCAACAAUGGAUCAUUCCAUUCCAGCCAACAGAUCAGAGAUGUUGCCAUCUCAGAGGAUGCCACUUGCAGAAUUGCCUCCAGGAUGGAUUGAGGCCCAUGACCCUGCAAGUGGUGCUACAUAUUACUAUGAUGAAAGUACAGGAAAAAGUCAGUGGGAGAGACCUACUGUGGCUGCUUCUGUCCUGGACUCAACAUUGCCUUCACAGCUUCCUGAAAAUUGGCAAGAGUUUAUUGAUGAAACAACGGGUCAAAAGUAUUACUAUAACACGUUGACCAAUGUAUCUCAAUGGGAGAACCCGUGUACAAAGCAGGUUGCCUUACAGCAGCAUGAUGCAAAUACAACUAGGAAUUGGGGUGAACAGUCAUCUACACUACCAAAAUGUAUGGGAUGUGGUGGAUGGGGGGUGGCCCUUUUGCAAUCAUGGGGAUAUUGCAGACAUUGCACUAGAGUUUUAAACCUUCCUCAAAGUCAAUAUAUAUUGGAAGACAUGGAAGGCAAACAUCAUACAACCAAUACUUUUGGUUCUAAAGAAGAUUCUGAUAAGAAAUUUCAGAAACAGAGGUCCAAUUUCAAACCACCCAUGGGAAAAGGUAAUAAACGAGACAACCGGAAGCGUACAUACUCCGAGGAUGAUGAGCUGGAUCCCAUGGAUCCAAGUGCUUAUUCAGAUGCACCUAGGGGUGGUUGGUAUGUGUCCAUUUUGCCUUCAAGUGAAAUUUUGAACUAUGUUUCUGUCAUGUCUAUAUUCAGGGUUGUGGGACUGAAAGGAGUGCAACCACGGGCAGCAGACACAACUGCCACGGGUCCUCUGUUUCAACAGCGCCCAUAUCCAUCACCCGGAGCAGUGUUGCGAAAAAAUGCUGAAAUUGCUUCACAAAAGAAAAAACCUAAAACCCAUCUAAUGGCUAUAUCCAAAAGAGGUGAUGGCAGUGAUGGUCUAGGAGAGGCGGAUUGAGCCUCCUAAAUAGAUAGAUAUUCACAUGCAUAUUUCUUUCUUAUGUAAAAAUGAAGUGACGAUUAUCUGAAGUAUUAGUACAGCUUAUAACAUACUCUUUUUUUUUUUUUUUGAAGUAACAUGAGAUUUAGAAAAUUCUAAAUAAUUAUUAGUUACUGGAUGAAAAAAUGAACUGACUAAAAAAAUGAAAUGUCACCCAAGGUUAUUCCAAUCACUCUCUCCACUCGGGAAGAGUGGAAGGCUCUCGGAUUGUGUAGGACAUUGCCCAAACAUGACUUUGUAUAAAUUAGUUGCUCUCUUCUUUAGGAUAUGUAUGGUCUCACUUAAAACACCAAAUCAUGUGAUCUUUGAAUAUUUGAUAGCAAAUUUCGUGAUUUUCUUGUUGUA